AUGCAAAAAUUUAUAUCAGUCAUAUUCCUUUUUAUAAUAUAUCUUUCUUUUCAUUUGAUCUAUACAAAGAAAAAUGAUAAUAUAGAUGAUAUACUAAUUGUGGAUGAUUCUAAUGAUGUAGAUUACAACAAUGAUUUCUUAAAUAAAGCGAAAAGUGGAGAUGACUUAGGUGGAAAUAACUAUAACAUGGGCUUCAACGAUAAUGUGUAUUCUUGGAUGGGAGAAAAUGAGAAAUUAUUUUACAUAAAGAUUGGUGUUUUUUUCGUAAUUUUAAUUAUUGUUAUACUUAACGGAGUUAUAGGAAGAAAGACGAAUAAAAUGAUUGCUCUUUAUUGGCUUAGGUCUUGUAAAGAAAUUUUUAUUGAAAAUUUUGCAAAGGUAGGAAAUGAUAAAUCUUUUCUUUUAGAAAAAUCUUAUGAUAAUUAUGAAUUUUAUUGUACUGGUAGAAAGAAUUGUAAUUAUUAUUUUGUGAAUUUAUAUUUGAAAAGAAGACAAUGUCUAUGGAGAUAUUAUAUAUUUAAUUAUUUUAUUAAUGAAAAUGAUACUAUGCUUAUCGUUAUAAAUUUUGAAAGAUUGGAUAAAAAUGUUUUAUGUGUUUAUAAAAAAAGUCAAAAAAACCAAGUUGAAAGGAAAUUUCCAAACUUAUAUAAGUACACUAAAUUAAUUAAAAAAAAAGAAUUAAAAGAAAUGUAUGAAAUUAAAGGAGACUCUUCAGAAGUUACCGACUUAGUCCUUAGCGGGAAAAUUCUUAACUUUUUUAAUACAUAUGAUAAAUACAUUAAUUAUAUGUGUAUAACAGAUAUUCCUCUUCAUGAAUAUGAAGACAAAUCAAAUGAUCAUAAUAAAAAAAAAGAUGAAAAUAUUAAAAAAAAAAAUGACGACAAUAAUAAAAAAAAUGACGACAAUAAUAAAAAAAAUGAUGACAAUAAUAAAAAUAUUGAUGACAAUAAUAAAAAAAAAGAAGAGAAUGUUAAAACAGAAAAACAAAAAUAUUGCUAUCUAAAUUUAAUUAUUCCAAAAGAUGUUGAAGAAUUAAAAAAAUUUAUUCAUUUUUCUAUAUAUAUGAUAGAUGCUUGUUCUUCCAUCGAAUUACCAGAAAAAGUUAGAGAUAAUGUAAAAAAAUUAAGAUAUAUGGUUGAAAAAGAUGAUAUCAAAAGAAAACAAGAAUUGAGAGAAUUGCAAGAAAAAAAAAAAGCAAAAAAGAUUCAAGAAGAAAAAGAAAAAGUUGAGAAAAUGUCUGCUGAACAACAAAGGAAAUAUGAAGAAAAAAAACAAAAAAAAAGCUUAAGAAAAAUGAAAAAAAUUAAAAUUAUUAAAAUGUAA